AUGGCAGCUGGGCCGUUAAUGGAGCAAGUGGAGAUUAUCAAGGCGCGAAAUGACAAAAGAGACUACAAAAGGAUUGUUUUGGAGAAUUUUCUCCAAGUUCUUCUCAUCAGCGAUCCGGAAACCGAUAAGUGUGCUGCAUCAAUGGAUGUUCGCGUGGGUUCGUUUAGUGAUCCCAAGGGGCUUGAAGGCCUUGCGCAUUUUUUGGAGCAUAUGCUUUUUUAUGCGAGUGAAAAGUAUCCACUGGAGGAUAGUUACUCAACAUACAUCAGUGAGCAUGGAGGCAGUACAAAUGCUUUCACGUCGUCUGAACACACCAAUUACUACUUUGAUGUUAACCCCAAUGGCUUUGAAGAAGCCUUGGACAGAUUCGCUCAAUUCUUCAUCAAACCGCUAAUGUCGGCAGAUGCGACCACAAGGGAAAUAAAAGCUGUCGACUCCGAAAACCAGAAAAAUUUAUUAUCUGAUGUUUGGAGAAUGAAUCAGCUUCAGAAACAUCUAAGUGCGGAAGACCAUCCAUACCACAAGUUCAGUACAGGGAACUGGGAGACGUUGGAAGUCCGGCCAAAAGAAAAAGGGUUGGAUACAAGACAGGAGCUUCUACGGUUCUAUAAUGAAAAUUAUUCCGCCAAUCUCAUGCAUCUUGUAAUAUACAGUAAAGAUGCUCUUGAUAAAUCCGAAAGCCUCGUGCGGAGCAAAUUUCAGGAGAUUCGAAAUAUAUCUAAAAAUUGUAUUACUUUUCCUGGUCAGCCUUGCGAUUCAGAAAAUCUUCAGAUCCUUAUCAAAGCUGUCCCGAUCAAACAAGGUCACAAACUGAGAUUUGUAUGGCCUAUAACUCCUGGUAUUCGCCAUUACAAGGAAGGGCCAAACAGGUAUCUUGGUCAUUUGAUUGGCCACGAAGGAGCAGGAUCUUUGUUUUACAUCUUGAAAAAGUUGGGUUGGGCUACGAGUUUGUCUGCUGGUGAAUCAGACUGGACAUUUGAAUAUUCUUUCUUCAAAGUGGUUGUUGACCUGACGGAGGCAGGACAUGAGCAUUUUGAGGAUAUUGUGGCACUAUUAUUCAAAUACAUUCAGCUUCUGCAGCAAUCUGGCCCCUGCCAAUGGAUAUUUGACGAGCUCGCAGCCAUAUGUAAGACUUCCUUCGAUUAUCAAGAUAAGAUUCGGCCCAUCGAUUAUGUGGUUAAUGUUGCACUUAAUAUGCAGUUUUAUCCUCCAAAAGAUUGGCUGGUCGGAUCAUCUAUGCCCUCAAUUUUCAAUCCUGCAAGAAUCCAGUCGCAACUGGCAGAGCUAACCCAAAACAACGUGAGAAUAUUUUGGGAGUCAACAAAAUUUGAAGGAGUUACAGAUCUAAAAGAGCCCUGGUAUGGAACCAAAUAUUCUGUAGAGCGGUUACCUGGCUCCACCAUUGAGCAAUGGAUUAAUAGAGCACCAAGUGAAGACCUACACCUACCCAAGCCUAAUAUAUUUAUUCCAACUGAUCUAUCCAUUGUGAUGGUUACCGAGAAAACGAAGGUACCAAUUCUGUUGAGGAAAACACAAUACUCAAGGCUGUGGUACAAGCCGGAUACGGUAUUUCUUACUCCUAAGGCAUAUGUGAAGAUAGAUUUCAACUGUCCAUUUUCCGGAAGCUCCCCAGAAUCGGAAGCCCUUACUGAAAUAUUUACGCGUUUGCUAAUGGACUACUUAAAUGAAUAUGCAUACGAUGCCCAGGUUGCUGGUCUUUAUUACGGAGUUAGCAAUACCACUUUUGGUUUUCAGGUCACCGUGGUCGGUUAUAAUCACAAAUUGAAUCUCUUACUACAUACCGUAAUAAAUCAAAUCGCUAAAUUUGAAGUAAAACCCGAAAGAUUUGCUGUUAUUAAGGAAUUGGUCACGAAAGAAUAUCAGAAUUUGAAGUUUCAACAGCCAUAUCAACAAGCUAUGUACUACUGCUCAUUAAUACUAGAAGACCAAGCGUGGCCUUGGGCUGAUGAACUUGAAGUUCUUCCUAAUCUUCAAGCCGAGGAUCUUGUUAAAUUUUAUCCUUUAAUGCUAUCAAGUACCUUCUUGGAAUUCUAUGCAGCAGGAAAUCUUAAGGCGACUGAAGCAGAGUCCAUGAUCAAGGAUAUUGAAGAUGUGUUCUUUAAUGGUCCUAAUCAGUUGUCUAAGGCUUUAUUUCCAUCUCAGUAUAUGUCAAAUAGAAUUAUUAAGCUCAAGAGUGGAGUAAAUUGCAUCUACAGUGCUGAUGGCCUAAAUCCUAGUGAUGAAAACUCUGCCCUUGUUCAUUACAUUCAGGUUCACCAGGAUGAUUUCAAGUUGAAUGUCAAGGUUCAACUUUUUGCCUUGAUAGCCAAGCAACCUGCUUUUCACCAGCUUAGAUCAGUCGAGCAACUUGGUUAUAUCACUGUUCUUAUGCAGCGGAAUGAUUCUGGUGUCCGUGGCGUGCAAUUUAUUAUACAAUCAACCGUCAAGGGUCCUGGGCAAAUUGAUUCUAGAGUGGAGUCGUUUCUAAAGAUGUUCGAAACCAAGCUUUAUGGAAUGCCAAGCGAAGAAUUCAAGAGUAAUGUCAAUGCGCUAAUCGAGUUAAAGCUUGAGAAGCACAAGAAUUUGCGAGAGGAAUCUGGAUUUUACUGGCGAGAAAUAUCAGACGGGACCCUCAAAUUCGACAGGAGGGAACGCGAGGUGGAAGCCCUGAGACAACUUUCUCAAGAAGAAUUGAUAGAAUUCUUCAACGAGUAUAUUAAAUUCGGUGCUCCCAACAAGAAGAGUUUGAGCGUUCGCGUGUAUGGGAAUGCACAUUCUUCACAGCACCAAGAGGACAAUGCUCAGAUUUCAGUCUCUAAUACUGUUAAAAUAGAAGAUAUCUUCACUUUCAGAAGGUCUCGCCCUCUUUACGGUUCGUUUAAAGGAGGUUUUGGCCACUUGAAGCUGUGA